AUGCGUUUCGAGUCAAUUUUCGUCAUUUUUAUCGCGUUCGGUACUUCCGUCGUCCUUGCCGAGUACUACCAUCAUCAUCCCGAGUCGCAUGAACAUGCCGGAAGCGACGAAGGACACGACGUCGGAUAUUCUUACGCGAAAUUUUCGGGUCCUGUGAGCGGACCUGAUCACAAAAUUGUCGUAAAAGACAAAGACGGGCACGGCGAGUCUUACGAUUAUGUCGCAAAGCCCGAUUAUCACUUUGAAUACGGCGUCGAAGAUCCCAAAUCGCACGUUUCGCAGUCCCGGAAGGAGCAUCGUCACGGGGAUGGAGUCGUUGGCGAAUAUAGUUUCGCUCAGCCUGACGGGAAAAUUCGCACCGUAAAGUACAACGCGGAUAAACACAACGGAUUUCAAGCGGAAGUCUUGAUCGACGGCAAACCGCUGCAUUAUGAGGCAUUGCAGGAGCAACAAGCGCAUCUCGAGGCACAAAAACAAUUUUUGGCGUCGCACGAAGCGAAUGCUCAUCAAGCGCAACAUUAUCAACCGCAACCGGAACAUCAUGUGCAUCAUGCGCCAAUUUCGCAUCACGGCGGCGACGAUGAGAGAUCUUAUUCGGGCGGUUAUCACGGGUACAGUGAUAGCGAUGACGAGACAAAUAACAGCGGCGAAGAUGAAUAUUCGUACUAUCACAAGUAA